GCGCCGGGUUGUGGCGGGUUUUUGGCGCGCGGGUGGCCGUCCCUCACAGCGUCUCUCCCGGUCCCUCAGCCAUGCCCGCCUCCGAGGCCGUGCCGCAGCCGUCUCCCAGCAAGAGGCAGAAGGGCUCGGGGCCUGGAGAGGUCUCCGCACGGCUGCGCUUCACCAAGCUGUCCGAGAACGCCUUCGCCCCCUCCAGGGGCUCCGCGCGGGCUGCGGGCUACGAUCUGUACAGUGCCUAUGACUGUGUGAUACCACCCAUGGAAAAGGCUGUGGUGAAAACAGACAUUCAAAUAGCACUUCCUUCUGGAUGCUAUGGCCGAGUAGCACCACGUUCUGGUUUAGCUGCAAAACACUUCAUAGAUGUUGGAGCUGGUGUUAUUGAUGAGGAUUACAGGGGAAAUGUUGGCGUGGUACUGUUCAACUUUGGCAAGGAGACAUUUGAAGUUAAAAAAGGGGAUAGAAUUGCCCAGCUCAUCUGUGAACGCAUUUAUUAUCCUGAGCUAGAAGAAGUUGAAGCUCUGGAUGAUACAGAACGUGGCGAAGGUGGCUUUGGCUCUACUGGAAAGAACUGAAAGUUACUUGAAUACGCUUUCUGUUUUUGUUUUUUUGUUAUACUAUUUCUAAAUUUUCAUCUGAAUUAGAAGUAGGGUUUUUGGAGUACAUAAAAAUAUUUCAAGUUUUAUUGAGACUUCUCCCUAUGUAUCCUCCAGUGAAUUUGUCUGCAUAAUGAGGAAAUAUGCAUGACUGGCUUGACUUACUAGUUGAAGUAUUAUUUUCUCUUUCAAGAUGUUUGGUCCUCAGCAAUAAGAACACAUUGUUUAUGUGGCAAUUAUACUGUAAUAAAUGAAAAAAUAACUUAA